AGGCACUUUUGGUCUGGGUAAGAGGUCGUUAUUUCACAACUAAUGUUAACCGUUUGGUAGGCACAUGCGGCCUUCAUGGAGCCAGGGCAGUAACAACACGCGAGGCGCAUUGCAGAUACUCAUCGAUGUUGGGGCCACAAUGCGAGUGCGGAUAUCUAGGGCUUAAGACUACAGGCUGGCAAAGAUAAUCAUAGCAAAAUGUGGUCGGGCUGGAGCCCAGAACCCAAGGGGCCAAUAUCGAACUGGACGAUGGGCGAGGUGGUGCAAGCCAAAGCACUUAGUGUGUGGCUACCACGUUACGUUGGUUGUCCAUCAAGGCUGCUGGUCUCGAGCAUGCAGUCGGACAUCGCACAGCCACUGUGCGGCCAUACGCGUCCAUGGUACGUUGUGCAUUGUAGGCGUGGGCGACAACAGUACUUGGUGUAUAUGACCCCCAAACACGUCCACACAUCAAACUCACAAGCGCUUGAUUCUUCGAGUUCGCCGGCAGCCCUCUCUCUACGAAUCGUAUCAUCAUCCUUCCCUCACUCAAAACAAUCUUCGAAACACUCUGCGGCACAGCCAAAAGACAAUUUGGGGGCUAUUAAUACUCUUCCCAUGGCUCUAACGCAUCGGCCAACCACGGUUCAUACAUCCCAAUGCAACUGCCGCAUCCGCACCCAAAGUCUCAGCCCUAACUCAUCUCCUUAUCGUAUCCGCAGCCCGGCCUGUACGCCAUUGUACAGAAAAUGCACCUCAGCCGCACACAAGCGCGAUAUCACGUGCGCUGUGGCUGAACUACUUUGCACGGCACAGCCGCAUCUACCCUGUCUGUCCAAUCAGAACGCCAUUUUCUGCCGCCCCUCAAGACAAGCACAGCCCUGAAGUUCGCGAUAGCAGAGGGCAGGGAUGCAGGCUGGUGUCGCAGGAGCUUGGGUCCAUCGACGGCGCAAAAAGCCGUGGAUGCCAUGGCAGGAUGGCUGGGUUGCCAACAACAAGCGGCCCCGCUGCCCGCUGGCGUCCGCUCCGUCUCCACCGGCAC